CGCUAACAUCAUUUUAUCCUACCUUCUGUUGUCUGCAAUUGAGAAGAUCCCUCAACACACAUAAAACUCAUCUCAACUAUAACUUCAUCUUCUCAAAUACAAUCAACCACACAUACCAACAGUUCCCCUCUUCAACUCUCUGCUCUCUUCCUCUAAAGCACCGGAGAUCGGACCUCCGGCCGACACCUCUCCGGUCGGCCGACGCACACAAGCACCCCCCCUGUUCAGAUCAGCACAAGGAGCCGGUAAGCCGGCGUUUCUUUCCGGUCAGGCGAGACCCCCCCCCUGAUGGACAAAACGAACCACCACCACCAUCAUCGGGUGGUGGUGAGCGACGGUUGGCCAAGAAUCAGAGGAGAGAGAGACGGUUCGAGAGGAGAGGGGGAGAACCCGGUGGAGCCGAUGCAGUCGUCAACGGCGGCGGAGGUUCCGGACAGCAGACGCGAAUCCAAGAAAUUCUCCGGUUCCGAUGGAUGUGGGGGUGUCGACAACAGGUUACCGUCGCCGACAGUGGUGGGGCCGGCGUCGACAGCGAUGGCGGCCGUGGUGGUUGUUGUUUCAGUUAGGGUUUCGUGGAACGGGUCAACUCGGUUAAACCGAGUUAACUCGGUUCGGGUCCAGGUCAAAAAGUCAACAUAGUCAACGGGUCAGCAGUGAACAUAUUUCACCUCGGUUCACAGUUUCGGUUCAAUGCGGGUCAACUCGAUGUUCGGGUCAGCCGUUAGUCAACAGCAAGUUCACGUUUCGGUAUUCAGGUUAACUAUGGUCAACAAGUCAACGUCGGUCAAAGCUCGGUCAACCUGAGUUAACUCGGUCAAACCGAGUCAACUCAGUCAACGGCAUUCAACGCCCGGUCAACAAAAGUCAAACUAGUCAACUCGGGUCAACAAGUCAGCCCCGAUUCGAUUACGGUUCAACUCGUUUCGGUUAUGGUUCAAGACUGGUUCGAAUGGGUUAACUGGUUUCGGUUCGGGUUUCGGGUCAACACGUCAACUGGUCAAACUUUAGUCAACUGUCGAGUCAAAGGCGGUCAACUCAGGACCCGGUAAAGUUUUAACAAUGCAUUAAACUUUAUAUAAAGAUUCAUAGAUUUUUAGCUUACGCGACCGAGCUCGAACCAUCCUUUAUUUAGUUAUUAUAUACGUUUAAUUUUUUUUUGCGUAUUUUGGCGAAAAUCA